CACCUAUCUCUUUUUCUUUGUUUGAAUCAUAGUUGGUAUGGAGGGUGAUAGACAUUUCAGUCAUCCUCAUCCAUUGAUUUCUUUUCUAGAUGAAAUGGAGGCCGAUGUUACUGAUAACUUUCAUUCUUGCAAAAUUUGUGGUUUGCCAAUUCUAUUUGCUCCCUCCUACACUUGCACCAUUGCCGCCUGCGAUUUUUUUUUGCACGAAUCAUGUGCGCACAAAUUCCGCAAAAAAUUCAUCCAUCCUAGUCAUGGCCGCCACAUGCUUUGUCUCCGAGAAGGAAAUAGUCACCAUUUCAGUUACAAAUGUGAGGAUUGCAAUUUGGAAAUGCAUCCUCUCUAUGCAGUGGAUGGUGUUGAGAUCAAAAGCAAACACAAGAGCCAUCCGUCUCACCCGCUCGUGGCUAUUUGCAGAGAGACUUUGUCUCUUUGCGAUGCCUGUGGAGAGAUGCAUGAUGGUUUCUUCUUCUGCUGCCAACAAUGUAAUUUCUGGAUUCAUCAAGACUGCACAAUACUGCCCUCUGCUCUCACUCUCCCCUCUCAUCCUCUGCCUUUACUUCUCAUAUAUUCUCCUUUUAGUAUUCCAUCUAUUGUGUGCAUAGUUUGCAGAAUAACCCUUUUUCCCACCAAUAAUGCCAUCUAUUAUUGUCCUAGUACACACAUAUUUUCUCAUGUCAGAUGUGGACUCGAGAAAAUUCAAUCCAAAACAAGACUGGAGUUGAUCCAACUGCCGGACGAUGAGUUUGACACAUUUCCAAGUUUGGAGAUCCGUACAUACUCGCAGAGAAACCAAAUAGAUGAUAUUGGUGAUGAAGAUAGCAAGCGUGCAAUUGAGAUUUUGCACAAGCAUCCUUUGAUCCUAGUUGGUGAUGAGGAAGAGGAUCAUAAUUAUAAUUAUAAUUAUAAUUAUAAAAAACUAGUGUGUGAUAUAUGCAUGCGAACCAUUACUAUUCCAUAUCAAUUUUACAGAUGCACUCAAGAAGGAUGCUCUUUCCUUGCCCAUAAAGUAUGCGUUCAGCUUCUCUCCAUUGUCAAGUUUGUGAUUCCAGAUGGUCACGGCAAUGAAGUAGUUAAGGCACGACCUUGUUCGCACGUGGACGAAUGGUUCUUCUGUUCAAUAUAUUUCUGCAUUUGCUGCUGUUUACCUAGCAGUGCACCUUGCUACAACCUUUCUUCGCCUGAUGGUUCUUUUCCGGUGACGAUUGAUCUGCCGUGCACUGCUGCCCCAUACAUUAUAAAGCACAGCUCACACAGCCAACACAUUCUCUUUCGCACCUCCCGCCUUUGGAUGGCCUUCCCCAUCAGUUGUUGUUCCCGCGGUUCUACCCGUUUUGAUGUCUAUAAGUGCACCAUGUGCAAUUUCUACAUUCAUAUAAGGUGCGCCUUACUACCAAAAAAGGUUUCAUUUCGUAAAUUCGAUCAACAUCCUCUUCAUUUGAUCACUGCUACUGGUAGUGAUCAUGACAUCUGUGAGGUGUGUGAGGAAGGUAUAGAGUGCAAGUAUUGGUACUACCGAUGUGCUAAAUGUGACUACUCUUUCCACGUAAACUGCAUUCCCUCGCUUGGCUAUUUGUCCAAAGUCAAGUUCGGAGGCAAAUUUAGUAUUCCUUGCCACUCUCAUCCUCUCACCCUCAAACGGAUGCUUACUUUCGGAAGAAAUGAGAGGUGUGGGUUUUGCGACCAAAUCAUUCCGGGAUUGGUAGAUCAAGCGGCUUUCUCAUGCUCACAAUGCGAUUAUUGGAUUCAUUUUUCUUGUGCAAGGUUGGAGUUGAUCCAACUGCCAGAUGUCGAGUUUGACACAUUUCCAAGUUUGGAGAUUCGUACAUACUCGCAGAGAAACAAAGCUGAUAAUAUUGGUGAUGAAGACAAGAAGCUUGCAAUUGAGAUUUUCCACAAGCAUCCUUUGGUCCUAGCUAGCUGGUGA